CUGAGUUCCGAAAUUAUUCUGCGAAAGAAUCAUGUACUGGCCUCAAGGGGCUCACGGGAAGGGAAAAUCCUCGAGUUCUGAGGCUCUCUUCGAUCCCUUCGUGACUAACUCGAGGCAAACGUGCCAGGAGCUGAAUUCGAGCACCCUGGCUAGGAAGACGGCCAAGAAUGCGGCCCUGUCCACUCGCUCCUUCCCGGGCGCCGGGCCCACGCUAGCUUCCAGAGGGAGCUUCCCUCCGCCAGAGCGCGACGCCCCCUCCGAGGGUCCGGGCUGCCGGCCCACCGCCCCCACUGGCGGCCCUGGCGUCCACAGCCCGCUUCAGAGCGCAGCUUGGAAAGCUGAGGGGUCUCCUUGGACCACUACCUCCGUGCCACGGAGUACUGUACGCUCGAUCUCACCCGCCCGCCCAACUCCCGCGCCGGCGAUCGCAUUCUACGCCCCACAGUCGCCCGCGCGCGCGUCGCCCCGCCGCCGCCGCCGCCGCCGCCGCCGCCGCCGCCGCCGCCGCCGCCGCCGCCGCCGCCGCCGCCCUCUGAGGGGGCGGGGCCUGGGCCGCGGCGCACAGUCAGCCACGGUCCCAGCCUGCCCCGCGCCGGCAAACGAGAGCAAAGCCAGUGACUCACCUCCGCCGCGCUAA